CGGCCCAUGCUUACAAACGUCGUUUGUUGACAGCGUGGUGAAAAUGGUGUUUGACAGUGUGCACAACUACCAACGAAAGAUACCGAAAUACAAUACAAGCAUAAGUGGGUGACUUUUCGUGGCUCUCGACGUCGUUGUGCAUUAUCGGGAAGAAAGAAGCAAGAAUCCCGUUCGUUCUAUGAAAGGGGGUGUCUCGCGAUUAGGAUCUAGCCAGUGUGGACACAGUGGACGCAGAAAAAAACGCAACGGAAGCAGGAAAGGGUUAUCGUGGGCACAAGUGCUGAUAAAAAUACGGCCGAACAAGAUCGCGUAGUGCGGUUGAGCGUGCGGACAAGAUGAGUGAUUUCUUGAAAUCGGCCAUAAACUACUUCAAUGCGACACCUUCGAAUGGAUUGGACAACGAUUUCGUGGGCCAGACGGUGGAAGUGGCUAAUGUGAAGCUGCGUAUCAAACGUGUUAUAGCGGAAGGUGGAUUUGCGUACGUGUACGUGGCACAGGAUGUGCAAUCUAACACGGAGUACGCACUGAAGCGUCUGCUCGGCACGGAUAAAGAGGAGUGCAACAACAUUAUACGUGAGAUCAACAUUCACAAGCAGGUGUCUGGCCAUCCCAAUGUGGUAAAAUUCAUUGCGGCUACCUUCAUCGAUCGAACACAAAGCUCCAAUUCGCAGCGGCGAGCGGAAUAUCUGCUCGUAUCGGAACUAUGUAAAGGUGGUUCGUUGUACGAUUGUCUUGAGCAGGACCUCGCCCCAGAAACUGUACUGCGGGUGUUCUACCAAGCUACUAAAGCCGUAGCUCAUCUGCACAGUCAAUCGAAGCCGAUCAACCAUCGGGAUAUAAAGAUUGAGAACUUUCUGAUCGGAAGUGAUGGAUUGUUGAAGCUGUGCGAUUUUGGAUCGGCAUCUACGGAUAGUUUUGCACCGGAUGUAACGUGGAAUGCCCAGCAGCGAGAUACGCUUGAAGAUGCUUUAACACGAUGCACGACUCCAAUGUACCGGGCACCGGAGCAGCUCGAUACAUGGGCCAAUUAUCCGAUCGGCAUCAAGAUGGAUGUCUGGGCACUCGGUUGCAUUUUGUAUUGUCUCUGUUACCGCAAGCAUCCCUUCGAGGAUUCGGCGAAACUGCGCAUCAUAAACGCAAACUACACUAUUCCUGCAAAUGAUUCGCGGUAUGCUUGCUUCAGUGAAGUUAUUCGUGGAUGUUUACAAAUUGAUCCAAAUCAACGCUUCGAUACUGCUACCAUUCUGGAACGGUUGGCAGCAGUUGCGGAAACGAAAGGAUGGCCAUUGAAGGCACCACUAGGACUGCUGGGGAAACCACUAAACUCACCUCCUGUAGGCAUGACACCGGCGCCCAGCCCGAGCCAUAAUCGGCCCAACGGUGGUGUAGUACCGGAACGUCCAGCACCACCUAGACCCGUUUGUCCGCCUGGUGGUCCCGUACCGGUGUCUAGCGAUGGUUCACUCAGAAACAAAUACCCUCAGCGUCCUCCGGAUCCAGUACGCAUGGCACCUCCACUUCAUUCCGGGCCUUCGCCAUAUCCUACACCUCCUACUCAACAGUUUAGUCAGCCGGUUCCACCAGCAAUGGGAGGUGGUAGUGGUGGACUAUUCUCCUCGAUAAAAGGUGGCGCGGGAAGCUUUCUGAAGAAUCUUAAAGACACCUCUUCGAAAGUGAUGCAAACGGUACAGCAAAGUAUCGCCCGAACAGAUCUGGACAUGAGCUAUGUUACGCAGCGGAUCAUAGUGAUGCCGUGUCCAUCGGAGGGCAUAGAGUCGACGUAUCGCACGAAUAACAUCGAGGAUGUAAAGCUGUUCUUGGACAGCCGAUACCAACCCACGAAGCUGAGCGUUUAUAAUAUGGUCGGUCGAAACAGUUGUCCUCGGUUACCGCCCCCGGUACGAACGGUAGACGCUGGGUUUAUUUAUGCACCGGUUCCACAGCAAAGUGGCAAAGCACCACUGCUGACUGGGCUUUACUCGCUGGUAGAGGAUAUUUAUGGAUUUCUGAGUGCCGAUCCGAAAACCGUCGUUAUUAUUCAAAGCCCUGACGGUGGACGAGCGCUUGCAGCGACAGUCGUGUGCGCUUUACUGAUAUACGGCUCAUUGGUAACGGAACCGGAAGAUGCAAUGCAAAUGUUUGCUAUCAAACGAACACCACCCAGCAUGCGGGCCUCGGAGCUCCGAUAUCUGUACUACUUGGGAGACAUUAUCCGUUCGGUACCGCACCUGCCACACUACAAGCCGGUAACACUAGUGUCACUUGCUGUGACACCCGUGCCGCGCAUGACAAAGGCCCGCGAUGGUUGCCGAAUGUAUGUGGAGGUGGCGACGGCCGAUCGAACGGUAUUUUGUACGCUGCAAGACUAUGAACGAAUGCGCCUGUACCACACGUCGGAGGGAAAAAUUGCACUCGCAAUGAAUGUAACUGUAUGUGGCGAUGUUACGAUCAGUUUAUACCAUGCCCGUAACGCUCUUGGCGGUAUGGGACGACCGCAGGGCCUUAAAAUAUGCCAGAUCCAGUUUCAUACUGGUUUUAUUCCGGAGGAGGAAACAUUGAUCAACUACGAUCGUGCCGAGUUGGAUGAAGUUCCGGAUGUAGAGCAUGUGCCGCAAAAGUUCAGUGUGGCUCUAAGUGUAUUCGUGGGUGAUUCCGAGCGUCCACCGUCUGCCAACCCACCAUGGAGUACACCGAAAGCAGCGCGCGAUCCUCGUAUCCUGUUCGCUUCGCAGUUGGAAUAUGAAGAGAACGUGGACAAUUUCGUCACGAAACCAAGCAGUAAGGGCAAGGGAAGCGUCGAAUCGGUUAUCCCUCAUAAACCACCACCACCAAGGCCGGCACCACCGUCACCACAACCGAUGCAUCGAGUACUGGGCGAUGAUCCAUCUGGAACUCCACCCGGUGUUGGCAUGGAACACCAAGAGGCCGAUCUUUUAAGCCUAAACAAAUCUAGUCAAGGAAAGCAGACACAGGAAGAAUCGCAGUCGGUUCCAAAGAUCGAAGAAACCUACGAUCUGCUUGGUGGUUUGUCACCACCGGUGGUACCAGGACAAACUGUCAAUGAAGCUCACGUUUCUUCUAGUGGUCGAGGUACGGCAACUUCCACUGCCGUGUUGGAUGAUAUCUUUGGAACGCUUGACGAUACAUCAAUUCCAAGUGGAGGCACCUUGCCUAGUACCAAAUCGAGCAGUGAUCUGAAUGGAUUAAAUCUAAACUUUGAUCACUUUGGUGGAGUAGCGCAACCAGCAAGUGGUGCUCCAUUUACGAACGGAGGAGGGCAAUCGGACGCAUCAGCGGCUAAUGCAAAUAACAGUUUUGGUUUCGAUGCGUUCGCGGGUGUCGCUCCACAAGCAAUCUACAACAGUGCUGCCCCGGUGCAACCAACGACAACGGUUCCACAACAGCAACCAUCAUCGACUAGCGCUGCAUCAAAAGAUCCUUUCGCCGACAUUGGCAAUUUAGCAGCGGGUCUCGGUGGAGGCGCUGGUAGCGGUGGUGGUGCUGCUGGUGUUUCCAGCGGGUGGGGUGGUAAAUCGGGAACUACUCCAAGCCCUCGUUCAACACAGUUCUCCAGCCCGACACAUCAGUUUAGUGGGGCCAGCACAGCAAAUCCGUCACCGCGAGCUCCGUCAACACCGAACCAUCAGAUGCGCAGUCCGAAUGAUCCGAGCCAGGCACAAGCACGUCCCGACUACAGCAGAUCGCAUUUCGAACCGCCGAAGAAUGGAAGCAAUGGAAACGCAAAAGACGCAUUGAGUGGUGGCGUCCGAUCUGGGGACAUUUUUGGCGAUAUUCUUGGCCAACAAGGUUACUCCUUCGGUAGCACGAAAAGCCAAGGACCACGAACGAUGAAUGAUAUGCGCAAAGAGGAACUGGUGAAGGAGAUGGACCCCGAAAGGGUGAAACUGAUGGAAUGGACUGAAGGUAAAAAGAAUAAUAUCCGUGCUCUACUCUGCACCGUGCAUACCGUGUUGUGGCCCGGCGCUAAGUGGACAAAGUGUGAAAUGCAUCAACUUGUGUCUGCGGCUGAUGUGAAGAAAAUAUAUCGCAAAGCGUGUCUCGCUGUACAUCCCGACAAGCAUACCGGUACGGAGAAUGAAAGUAUGGCUAAAAUGAUAUUCAUGGAGCUGAACAACGCGUGGACCGAGUUCGAAAGUGAUGCCAGCCAACAGAAUCUAUUCUCUAACUAAGAUCAGUCAGUGUCGCAUCACGAUGCCGUUGCGAAUAUUGGGUAGGUAAUAAUUGGUUAGUGUGUUACAGUGAUUUAAUUAUCCUAACGCGAUCCCAGAUUCGACCGUAUGAAGUCGAACAAUUCCCCCCUUCCCGCUCGUUUGGAACGCGUAAGUGUUUUCGAAACAUCACGUUACUCUUUUAUUUUUAUGUCAAACGUUUGGAGUUUUUAAUGCAUCGAACUGUACGCAUGUGUUCCUUUCGUAUUAGAAACAUGGUUGGUUUCUUCCAGCGUAGAAUUGCUAUGUCCAUACGAGCAAAGGCAUUUUCGAAUUAUGCCACAAAAAAGCAAUGUAUGGACUGGACGGGCCAGAUGGGGGCAAAGAACUGAAAGGCAAUGCUUGAAUGAAGCUAAUGUGAUAAUUUGUCCUUUCUGUUUUGUGUUUUACUUUUAACAAAAGUGCACUUUUAACAUCACACCGUUUCGUCGUUUACUUGCUAUCACUAGUUAUGAACGUUGAUAAGCCUCCCUGGUAACCUGGUGCUGAUUAGCGAUCUUUUAGAAUGAAGCGCAUUAGUUGAGUAGCUUAAUAGCAAAACAUACAGAAAGUAGAAUUAUUUUUAUUACGCAUCGCUUAUGUGAAGAUGCGUAUUGUAAGAGUAUUAAAAUGUUGAUAUGUUAUAACAUCUUUAACCACAAAUCCGCAGCAAAUGCAAAUAUGGUUUAAACAUUGUAAUUCCUUGAAAAAAAAAAGAUACCUACGUUAAGGUACCGGUUUCGCAAUGUUUUAAAGCUUUGUGUGAAUAAUAAACAUGGAUAAUUUACCAUUACCUACAGCACAUGAAGUUAGCUACAGUGCUUACAAUCGCGUAAAAAGAAAGAGAGAGAGAGAGAGAGAGAGAGAAUUAAAAGCAGCAAAAUAGCGCCGUAAAUGAAAUGGUAGAGGGUAUAUAUCACAACAGAUCAAUUAAAAUUACAAAACUUACAUGGCCACAUGUUGAGUAGAGAUCAGUAGAAUAAAAGACGAAAAUUACGCAGUUACGGGAUGUGGAUUGUUACGUAUAUGGCAUCAAAAAUCAUACAAGUAACCAGAUGAAAAUGAAUGUUAAUCCAAUAGAACUUAACUGUAAUUGAAAUGAAAGAUUUUAGCAAUCUGCAUGCCGCUUGCCCACGUUGUUGAUUGUUGAUAACUAUGUGUAAUGUGUACAAGCCAGUAACUUAUUCCUCUACGCUAGAUAACGUGAAAUGUAAUAGAAAUUUCAUUCGUUCAGAUAAAUAUGUACAUUAUGUAGGAUAUGGAAUGGGACGUGCUAUCACAGUGUUAGGAAACACGGAUGUGCAUUGCGUGGCACAUGAUGACGGUUGCGAGUAUGGAUGAUAGGGAAUGCUUUAACAACAGUUUACAGAAAGAAUGAAUGGGAAGGUUUUCGUUUUCCAUGUUUUCAUUUAGUACCUAUAACGAAAAUAAAUUCUAUUAAACAGCACGCUCAAUAAUGAUGAUUUCAAAUGCAAAUGUUUUGAGCUUUUAAGUUAUAUUAGAUGUAGGUUUUGUUUUGUUCGGAAUCUUUGUUAUCGCAGGGAUAACACAGUAAUAGACAAUGACGUAAGCAGGAAUGUGAAUACUUGAGCAAAAUUCAUCUGUAAAGAUAACUAGGAAGAAAGGAGCUUACGUUUUGUGUCGUAAAGUUUCACUUUAUAUCAAAAGGAAUGCGAUCAUUUGAUGUGUAAAGGUACGGAACAGGGUUCGAAUGCACUGUGAUGUUACGAUUGAACGGGAAACCUUGUAAUAUCCGUUUGCCGAGCUCAGUGAGUGAGUGAAGGAGUGUUAGCUGAUCGAAUCCUUAUAAGUUAAAUGUUUCACAUACUGUGAGAUUAUUCAAUACAGAGGAACAGACAGAGCAAGAUUGAGAGCUGUUGAUUUUAUGUAUAAUUUUGUAUCGCUAAUUCCGAUAAUAAGGGGAACAAUCGUAAGAUGUGGAACGAAGGUGUGAAAUGUGUGCGUGUAGCCUGUUAUUACUGCUGCUACGUGUAACAAAGAAAAAGUAAUUCGCUUCUGGAGGAGAGCUGCAAAGCAAUAACGAAACAACGGUUGAUAAUGUGUAAUGUAACACGUGAAAUUUGUUCAGGGCGGUCGUGCAAUGGAACCAGUUCCUUGUCGAUCAAUGCGUUCCCGCGCAGUGAUGACUAAGUUUUUUUUUAUAUCGACAACCACAAGAAAUUUAUUUAUUUGCAUGACGGCUUACAAUGGCGUGCGCGAGUGUGGUACAUUCUUAUAAGUAAAAUUUACAACGUUCCAUAGGUUUAUGAAUACUGUUUACUCUUGGUUAACUGUAAAGGAAGGGCAAUUCUGCAAAAGCAGUACCUAGAGCAGCGUAAAAGAAGGCAACACAAUUUCCAGAUAUACAAUUUAUUGUUACGCAAAUAGGAUGCGAAUGCAUGAAAAAUUAUUUCACCUUCCACUUGUACUCGUAUACACAACCUAUCGGAAACCCCUUAUAUAUUACAUAAAUACAUAGCGUUGAAUGAUA